AUGAACCGUUGGAUAGGUAAGGUGGCUGUUGUGACCGGUGCCAGUUCGGGAAUCGGUGCUGCUACGGCGAAAGCGCUCGCUAAUGCGGGCAUGAUCACCGUCGGUUUGGCUCGGCGUGUCGAUAGAAUCGAUGAACUGAAGGCUGGGCUUCCGGUUGAGGCCGCUAGCCGAUUGCACAGUUUAUGGUGUGACGUCACCAAGGAGAACGACAUUUUGGAAGCCUUUUCACACAUCGAGCAACGCUUUGGCGGAGUGGACGUGCUGAUCAACAGUGCAGGCGUUGCUCGGAGCUCCACCGGAUUGCUCGACUCUAACAACACACAAACGCUGCGCGAUGUGGUCGACACCAAUCUGAUGGGGCUGAUGAUGUGCAGUCGCGAGGCGUUCCAAUCAAUGAAGAAACGAUCGGUCGAUGGACACAUCGUUCACAUCAACAGUGUCCUCGGGCAUAAGGUGUUCCCAAUGCAGGGACUCAAUGCCUACGCGGCCACCAAAUUCGGUGUGACGGCUCUGGCCGAAACGAUGCGCAACGAGCUACGGUCGGUGGGAAACAAAACCAAAGUCACGUGUGUUAGUCCUGGUUUUGUGCGAACGAAAAUUCUUCCCAAAGGAAUGGACCUCUCGUCGGUCCUCGAGCCAGAAGAUGUUGCCGAGGCCAUCCUCUACGUCGUCGGGACGCCGCCGAAAGUGCAGAUCGAGGACAUUACGUUUCAAUCGGUUACCGCACCGUUGUAG